GCCGUGCGACGCCAAAGCCGCUCACCAGUGAGGACAAAUCCACCAGCGGCAACCGGUUUGUCACAUGACCGGCGUGCGGCGCUGCCCGCCUCCCUCUCCCUCCCUCUCUCCCUCUCCCUCUCUCCGGGAGUGUGUGUGAGUGAGUGUGUGAGUGUGUGUGAGUGAGGCUGUUAGUUCCGUGUUCGCCGAGGCAGCGCAGAGCCGCGAAGCUGCGUCGCCGUGCCGGGGGAUCUGCUGUCGGUGCGCGGGCACAGAGCCUCGCGCGGUCGCAUCGGCCGGAGCCGCGCCGCGGCGGGACCAUGCUCACGCGGGUGAAGUCGGCGGUGGCCAAUCUGAUGGGGGGCAUGAUGGCCGGCGGCGGCGGCGGCGGCGGCGCCAACGGGGACCACCCCGGCGGCUCGGAUCUGCCGCUGCGAUUCGCGUACGGCCGCCCGGAGUUCCUGGGACUGUCGCCGGACGAGGUCGAGUGCUCGGCGGAUCACGUCGCCAGGCCGAUCCUCAUCCUGAAGGAGACCAGGCGGCUGCCGUGGGCCACCGGCUACGCAGAGGUGAUCAACGCAGGAAAGAGCACAUUAAACGAGGACCAGGCCUGCUGUGAGGUGCUGGUGGUCAAGAGGAGACCGGCCGGGAGCUGCACACCCAACCGGACCUCCUUGACCCGCAGGAGGUCUUCACUGCCCAAUGGAGAGGGCCUGGGCCUCCGGGAGAACCUGGACGGCUCUGAAGAACUGACCUUCCACUACUGGGCGUUGUUCGAUGGCCACGCCGGCUCCGGGGCGGCUGUGGCGGCCUCCCGCCUCCUCCAUCACCACAUCGCGCUGCACCUUCAGGAGGUGAUGGACAUCCUCUGCACUCCGAACCUGCUGCCCCCCACGUGCCUGGGUGAGGAGCCCGUCAAUCACCACCUCACCCCGACGUCCCAACGCGCCCUCACCAGGGCCGCCUCCCUCCGGGGCGCCGCGGGGGCUCCGGGUUCACCCAGCGCCCCGCCCACGCGCUUCUUCACGGAGAAGAAGGUUUCACAGGAGAGCCUGGUGAUCGGGGCCAUCGAGAAUGCCUUCAAAGACAUGGAUGUACAGAUAGAAAAGGAGAAGGCGGUCUACAACAUCUCAGGGGGCUGCACUGCUCUGGCGGUCGUCUGUUUACUUGGGAAGCUCUACGUUGGGAACGCCGGGGACAGCAGAGCGAUCAUCAUCCGGGCAGGGGAAGUCAUCCCCAUGUCAGCCGAGUUCACACCCGAGUCAGAGAGACAGCGGCUGCAGUUCCUGGCAUACAUGCAGCCCCACUUAUUAGGGAAUGAGUUCACACAUCUGGAGUUCCCCAGGAGAGUGCAGAGGAAAGAGGUUGGGAAGAGGAUGCUGUACCGUGACUUCACCAUGUCAGGAUGGGCGUAUAAAACCAUCGAGGACGAUGACCUAAAGUUUCCCCUGAUAUACGGCGAAGGGAAGAAGGCUCGGGUGUUGGCGACCAUCGGGGUCACGAGAGGUCUAGGGGACCACAAUCUCAAAGUGCACGACUCCAACAUCUACAUCAAACCCUUCUUGUCCUGCUGCCCAGAGGUCAAAGUUUAUCCACUGGCGCAGUGCGAGCAUGGAGCCGAUGACGUGCUGGUGCUGGGAACCGACGGUCUGUGGGACGUCCUCUCCAACCAGGAAGUGAAUGAAGCGGUCACCUCUUUCCUGUCCAACUGCGACCCCGACGACCAGCACAGGUACACAAUGGCAGCUCAGGACCUCAUAAUGAGGGCACGCGGGGUGCUGAAGGAUCGCGGCUGGAGGAUAUCCAACGACAGACUAGGCUCCGGAGAUGACAUCUCCGUCUACAUCAUUCCCCUCAUGUACGGCAACACGCAUUAGCCGGGCGGGGGGAGGGGGGCGACGUAACUGCAACCGCCACCAAAACAUACCGUAACCCCGACUUGAACUCCCCACACCCCCAUGUGCUCUGUUGUUUAAGUGCUUUAGUGUGGACUCCCUCUGUCGCUGAGGGGAUCCGACACAUUUCCGCCCAGAGGUGGGAUCUCUGUCCAGGCCCUUUUUUCCUCCCCGUUCGUCAUGUGAGGAUGAUUUUUAUCUUUUAUUUUUUCAAUAGAAAUUAUAACUACUGCAGACCUACCUACCUGCCGAAGUUUAACUACAGAAACCCCCCCCCCCCCCCCCCCCCCCCCCCCCCGCCUCCCGCCCAAUCUCCACUGUAUUUCACCGACGAAGCCAUCGUGAACCUCGCUGCGGAGCGCCCCGCGCUGUCAUGGACCAGAUGGGAGAAGAACGCAAAUCUCGGGAUCGCCGUUACUAACGAAAUGCACAGUGUUUCAAAAUGUGAAAAUGUAAAUACUCCCAGACGCAACACAUUUGAUAAGUGUAUUAGGUUAGGCGCCUGCACAGUGUAAAAAGAAAAAGAAAAGACUAACAUGAAGACUGAUGUCGUGUAUAUAUAUGAGUUGUACCUCCUCUGUUUCUUUAGACCAUUAAUGAAGCCAGGGUCUGAAACCCCCCCCCCCCCCCCCCCUUGUAUGCCUUCUUCAGAUACAUACAUCAACUGUUUCUUUGUUCAUUUGUACCCCUUGCGUUGCAAUACUGUACUCACCAUUAAGGAAAACGGCAAUCGUUUGGAAAUUAAGAAGCAGAUUUAUGAAGGAGACACAAACCCUGCUUACAAUCAUCUCAUUGUACUAUUGCAUCCAGCCCAGCAUUUACAUCCGUUCAGAUUUAAGAAGGAAAAACAGACAAAGGGUUUCUGUUGCACCAUUAGCCAUCUACCUCAUGACGUUGUCCUCUGUUGUCGCCGACCUCCGUCAGUGGCCGUUUGCACGCUGCGUCCUCAGCUGCCACCUGUGCCACUACUCACUUACAUUCCUGCGGUUUUUGCUUCUGUAUCUGCAAGAUUUGUGAAAAAAAAAACAAAUGUCGUCAGAAGAGGACUGAAGCUCGUAGACACUUCACCCUCCGUGUCAUUGUGAUCAAUAUUCCUCCCCGGUACAGUGGUUUUCCCACAUUUCAUUCCUCCAGUUGUACGUUUGGGCUUCUGCCGAUUGUGCACAAAUAUUGUGCUGCACAGGCGAUGGAAGCUGGUGCGACAUGGAACAGACUAACUUAAUUUAAAUGUAAAAAAAAAAAAAAAAAAAAUGUAAAUAACCUUCUCCAGUGGAUUCCUUUCUCGUCUCUCCGACCGUAAGUGAUCCUGUAUCCUACCGGAACGAACCGUAGGAAGUCGUUUUGGGAAAACUGAGAACGGUGUAAAACAUGGUGUAAAAUGUUCACUUUCCUGCUCUAUUAAAAAAAAAAAAAAAAUCCUGA